AUGGAGUUACGGCGCUCUUCUAGGUUUCUGCUGCUGCUACUGUUGUGUAUGGGUUGCUGCUGCUGCUGUCCUUGCGAGGCAUUUGCUUCUCGGUUGCAGCAGCAGCAGCAGCCACAUUGGAGAGGCUGGAGCGCUCCUGCCGCAGCGCCACUGGGGUGGGCUCCUACCCCAGCAGCAGCAGCAAAGGCAGCAGCAGCAGCAAAGAGUUCCCCUCGAAGGCAUCGCCGUCUCUUCCUCGCGUCACCAGCAUCAGCAGCAACAGCAGCAGCAGCAACAGCAGCAGCAACAACAACAGAUGCUGCUGCAGUGGAUUUGUCUGCUGCAGCAUCAACCCAACCAGAAGAGGUCUCAAGCACCGUGCAGCUGCCUUCAGCCUUAGACACCGAUGCAGCAGCAGCAGCUGUUGCUGCUGAAGAUGCAGCAGCGGCAGCAGCAGCAGCAGCAGCAGCAAAGGCAGCAGAGGACGCGAGGACCCCCUUUGUGUUGGAUUCAUCUGUCUUCAGGGGCGCCAGCGCCUUUGCAGCAAAACCUCUCGGCGACCAAACUAUUAUGCGCGCCUAUGAUAGGUCUUUAGCUCUUUCCUUUAAGGAGCCUUCUCUGGGUGAAUCCCCACUGGAGACGCCCCCUUCCGAUCCCGUAGACUUCCUUAUGGCCACGGCAGGAGCGGCUGCUACCUCCACUACUACAGCAGCAGCAGCUGCUGCUCCCCCCCCUGCUGCAGCUGCUGCUGAUGCUGCUGCUGCUGAUCUUCAGGUGUUUGGGGGCCUCGACUACGAGACGUACUUCGGUCCUGGCGUUCGCUAUGAGCCUAUCAAUGGGGGUUUUCUUGUCUUUCCUCCUGUCUUCCCUGAUAGAGUAUUUGUGCUGCAAGCAGCAAACCACCCCUUGCUGCAGCAGCUGCAGCAGCAGCAGCAACAGCAGCAGCAGCAGCAGGUGCAGGGGGAGGGGCAGGAGGUUCGAGAGGUGGUAGAGGAAGAGGAAGAGGAGGCGGAGUGGGUGCGAGCGACGCCAGAAGCAGCAGCAAAGAGAUCGGCUGCUGCUGCUGCUGCAGCUGCUGCUGCAGGGGCCUUCGGGGCCCCUGAAUUUGAACUGGGGGGCCCCCACGGAGCAGCGGGGGCCCCCGGCCUCGUUGCAGCUCGCUACCCUUCGUUUUUAAAUCCAGUAAAUCCUCUCCUAAGGACCGGCAGACAAAAGGCAAAAGAAAGGAGAGAACGAGACUCAGGGCCUCAACAGCGGCAGCAGUGGGGUAUGGAUGAUAUAAAAGGAGAUAUACCGCGAGGGCCCCUAGGGGCUCCCAAUGACCGCUUUAAAGAACUGGUUGACUCUGUAGACUGGACACGCGAACAUCCCACUUUAGAAGACCAAAACCAUUACAAGAGGUUUGCCUUUUUUGCUGCUGCUGCAGCAGCUGCAGCUGCUGCUGCUGCUGCAGCUGCUGCUAUGUUGGGUGGUGCAUUGCGUCGCACUGAGCACUUGACUUAUUACGAGACAGGUUUAGGGGAUUUGAAUCGCAGCAACGACAAUUACUUCGACGUGCAGUUCUUUGGGGCUGUCGACGCUGCAGCGCAUGCAGCAAGCGGAGGCAGCAGAUUUAAAUGGAGUUUGUUAUGGAUACCCUGGCUGGCGAAGAUACACCCGAAAGGAAGACAACCCAUUAAGAGCCCUUUCUUCACAUUAGGAGGAGUCGAACCCCUGCAGCUUUGGUUUUAUCCGGAUGGGGCUUCGAGUUCUCUUUCUGGGUUUUGUUCGGUUAAGUUGGUCUCACGCCCGGGCUGGCACUUGCCUUUUCCUAUUCUUUUAUCAAUACAAGGUGCACCAGCAAGACCCCUCUCGCAGCAGCAAAAGCAGCAGCUGCAGCAGCAGCAGCAGCAGCAGAUGCAGAUGCAGCAGCAGCAGCAGAUGCAGCAGGGGCUGCAGGGGAAGAUGCAAGAGCAGCAAAAACGAAGACGACGGAAGCAGCAACAACAGGAGCAACAGCAGCAGCACCAGCAACAGCAGCAGAUGCAGCAGCAGCAGCACAGCAGCGAGGAUCUGACGCUGUCUCCUCUCUCUGUCUCCUCAGCCCUUCGAUUUGCUGAGCCUUCAAAGGUAUCUGUGGGGCCCGUCUGGAGGGAGACGGCGGAAUGCGUUGCAUUUUGUAACAGCUUCUGCAGGCUGUUGGACAAGGAAAGCUACAUAGUACAGGAGGAUGCCCCUUUGCCUCCUACUGCUGCCCCAACCAUCUCCCCCACCCCCAGCAGCAGCAGCAGCAACAGCAGCAGCAGCAGCAACAGGAUAUACUAUAACCCGGAGACAGAUGUUGUGUUAGAUGCCUUUGGAGGAGUAGAUAUAGAAGUAUCUGUUGCUAACGAAGAUUGGGAGUGGGAUGAAGGGGCUUCUGACUUUGAACAAUGGCUAAAAAAACAAAGUGCAUAUCCCGAUGAUAACGAAUUAGAAAAAACUCUUCCUCCGGAGUACGUACACCCCACACCCCACACUUCUUUUUUGCUGCUGUCUUUGUCAUUAGUAAGCAUAAAUAAAUAA